AUGGCAGAGAAACCUACUCAACACCAAAUCGAAACCCCAAGCCAAGCUCCUCCAGCCAGCAAGACUAUCACUCCCCCAGGCGUCAAGGCAAUCGAGCACUGGUCCCUCUUCGGCCGACCAGGCCAUCCGUCUCCAACACGCGUAACAGCCUCCGCGUGGAAAAGAGAGCCCUUUAAGAAGCCGGAGCAUGCCGCAUGGCAUGUUCCCAUCCCAGCCGACCAGCUCGGCACACUGCUGAACGGGUUCUGUCCAUCGGCGAUGGAGGACAAGUGGUUCGUCUAUGCCGAGGGUCCGGAUGCAGAGGGACGCGUUUUGAUUCAUAUGCAUCGCAGCUGGACGGGAAAGAAGAUUGUUGAGCUUGAGAUUAAGAUUAGGGGCGACAGUGAAGAGGAGAAGAAGACGGGGAGUGCGGAAAUCAUGGGUAUCACUUGGGAGAUGGAUGAGGAGGUUAUUAGGGAUCAUAGUGAGGAGAAGGCGAAGUACAAUGCGCUGGAAGUGUGCAAGUGGGUGCUGGGCGUAAGAUUGGUGGAGUAG